AUGUCUACCCCAUCCGGUCGGCGGACCCGAAACGCGCAGUCUGCGACGCCGGGACGCAGCACCCGCAGCUCGCAGGCGGCGGCGCAAGGCAGCCCCGCGGCAGGCCCCUCGGGCGCCGGCGCCGACGACCAGGACCCGGCGUCGGCAGCGCGGGCCACGCCCCGGGCUACCCGGGCCUCGCAGCUGGCCUCGAGCCCCAUGUUCUUCCAGUCGUCCCCGGCCGGCGGCAACGCGAGGAUGCCCCCCUCGUCGCCACUGCGCCAGAUGUCCAACUCCCAGUCCACCGGCAACGGCCGCAAUAACUUUGCCCCCAGCUCGCCUCUGCGGCAGAACACGGACAGCCAGGAUGACCCCGAGCGGACGCCAAGGGCCAGCGGCAGCCGGCUUAUUGGAGAGUCCUCCCCCGUCCGCUACGACCCUAGCUCUAGCCCUGGCCGUACCCCCAACAUGCACUCAGACAACCUGCGGAGCGACAGCAGUGCUUUGUUCGUCGGCUCGCGCGCUGGGUCCGCCCGCAGCGUCAGGCGAGGCGACAUCAACCCCGAAGGUCUCCUCAGGGCCCGGCGGGGAGACCGCAGAGUGAUACUCGACGAUUCGGGGCGGGUCAUCCAGGACAUGUCGUCCGAUGCACCGUCCUUUGCAAACAACAACCCGGACACCGACGAGGCUAAUGCGCUCGGAGGCGACGGCGCUGGUCUCAUCUGGGGAACGACGGUCUCCAUCGACGACACGUUUACGACCUUCAAGGACUUUGCGAAAAACUUUACAAAAAAGUACCGCCUCUGGUUUGACGGCCUGAGCGAGGCCGAGACGGCCGAGAGGGACGACGCCGAGUCGCGGCCGUACAUGGAGGCCAUGGAGACGAUGCUGCUGCUGGGCAGCUCGCGGCUGUACAUCGACCUGCGCGAUCUCAAGGCGUACCCGCGGACAGUCAAACUGUGGCAUCAGGUGCAGGCGUACCCGCAGGAGCUGGUGCCCAUAAUGGACCAGGCCCUGACAAACAUGAUGGAGGACCUCGCCCAGGCCGAGAUGGCCAAGCAGCGAUCACAGAGCAGCGCCGGCGGCGCCAGGCCGCAGCCGAGUGCCUCGCAGAGCUCCGAGCCGGCCUUCCCGGACUCUGACGUGGGCACGCCGGGAACCAUCUCGACUCCGCGGCCGGCCGACCAGGACCAAGUUCACGACCUCGAGGACCAGGUGGCGCAGACCACGUACAUGGUGCGGCCGUUUGGGCUGGAGAAGACGACCAACCUGCGAGACCUCAACCCGGCAGAUAUGGACCGGCUCAUCGCGGUAAAGGGUCUGGUGAUCCGCACGACGCCCGUAAUCCCGGAUAUGAGGGACGCCUUCUUCAAGUGCAGCGCCUGCAACCACUCGGUCUCGGUCAGCAUCGACCGCGGCCGGAUUGCGGAGCCGAUUGUGUGCCCCCGCGCAAUGUGCCAGUCUAGGAACUCUAUGCAGAUCGUGCACAACCGCAGCACCUUUACGGACAAGCAGGUCAUCAAGCUGCAGGAGACCCCCGACGAGGUGCCUGCCGGCCAGACGCCGCAUUCGGUGUCAGUCUGCGCGUAUAACGAACUCGUAGACUACUGCAAGGCUGGUGACCGCGUUCAGCUCACGGGCGUAUUCAGGGUCAUGCCGGUCCGUGUCAACCCGCGCCAGCGCGCGGUCAAGAGCGUCCACAAGACAUAUGUCGAUGUGCUGCACAUCCAGAAGGUCGACAACAAGCGCAUGGGUAUCGAUCCCUCCACGCUGGACUUGGCGGGCGAGGAUGAUGAGACGGUCAUGGGCGAGGGCGAGGCCGGCGAGCAGGGAGGGAACCACAUGCAGGAGACUCGCAAGGUGUCUCCCGAGGAGGAGGAGAAGAUUAAGGCGACGGCGGCGCGGCCCGACAUAUACGAUCUGCUGUCGCGAUCACUGGCACCCUCUAUCUACGAAAUGGACGACGUGAAGAAGGGCAUCCUGCUGCAGCUGUUUGGUGGCACCAACAAGAGCUUCCAGAAGGGCGGCAGUCCGCGCUACCGUGGCGACAUCAACGUCCUCCUUUGUGGUGAUCCAUCGACGGCCAAGUCUCAAAUCAUCCAGUACGUGCACAAGAUCGCGCCCAGGGGUAUCUACACGAGCGGCAAGGGCUCGUCGGCCGUCGGUCUGACGGCCUACGUGACGCGCGACCCGGAGACGAGGCAGCUUGUGCUCGAAUCGGGCGCGCUGGUCCUUUCGGACGGCGGUGUGUGCUGUAUCGACGAGUUCGACAAGAUGUCGGACGCGACGCGGUCGGUGCUGCACGAAGUCAUGGAGCAGCAGACGGUCUCGGUGGCCAAGGCGGGCAUCAUCACGACGCUCAACGCGCGCACCAGCAUCCUCGCGUCGGCCAACCCUAUCGGCAGUCGCUACAACCCGGACUUGCCGGUGCCCCAAAACAUCGACCUGCCGCCUACUCUGCUGUCCCGUUUCGACUUGGUCUACCUGAUUCUGGACCGUGUUGACGAGAAGAACGACAGGCGACUGGCCAAGCACCUGCUUUCCAUGUACCUCGAGGACAAGCCCGAGUCUGCCCAGUCGAGCCUCGAGAUCCUGCCCGUGGAGUUUCUCACCUCGUACAUCUCGUACGCGCGCGCCAACAUCCACCCGACCAUCAGCGAGGAGGCCGGGCGCGAGAUGGUGGAGUCGUACGUGGAGAUGCGCAAGCUGGGCGAGGACGUGCGGUCGGCCGAGAAACGCAUCACGGCGACGACGCGGCAGCUCGAGUCCAUGAUCCGGCUGUCCGAGGCGCACGCAAAGAUGCGGCUCUGCCAUGAGGUGUCGCGCGACGACGUGCGCGAGGCCUACCGCCUGAUCCGCUCGGCCCUCAAGACGGCCGCGACGGACGCGCAGGGCCGCAUCGACAUGUCGCUGCUGACCGAGGGCACCAGCUCCGCCGAGCGCAGGCGCCGCCAGGACCUCAAGGACGCCGCCCUCGCCCUGCUCGACGAGAUGACGGCCGGCGGCGGCUCGGUCCGCUACGCCGACGUGGCUAGGCGGCUGGCCGAAUCGGCCAGCGUGCCCGUCGAGGCGGCCGACUUUGCCGAGUGCAUGCGUGCCCUCGAGAUGGACGGGUCCGUCACCAUCAGCGGCGAGGGGGCGAGGAAGACUGUCAGGCGCAUCACCGCGGUUGUCUGA